AUGCGUCUUCCUCUGCUUUCAUUCUUCAUACUCCCCCUCUACGCCCUGCCGACCCCCGGCCACUCUCCCAAACCACCCUUCUUCCUCUUAGCCGGCGACAGCACAACAGCCAAACAGUCCUCCAACGGCGGCGGCUGGGGAGACGGAUUCCUCAACACCACCCUCUUCAACGGCGCCAGCGGUCUCAACUAUGGCCACAACGGCGCCACGACCGUCAGCUUCCGCGCUGGAGGGGACUGGGCGACGGUCCUCAGCAAAGUAGCCGAGUACAAGGACCGCUAUGUGCCCUACGUGACCAUCCAGUUCGGCCACAACGACCAGAAAUCCGCCGCCAACAUCUCCCUCGCCGAGUACACCAGCAACCUCGAGCGAUUCGUCUACGAGGCGCACGAUGCAGGCGCAACGCCCAUCCUGGUGACCCCGCUUUCACGCCGGAACUAUGAGACUUCCAAUGUCACCGGCGAGCCGACUAUCACCCUGAGUCUGGCGGACCAGCGAGCGGCGACUAUGGCGGCAGCGAGGAAUUCGCAUGCGGCGUACAUCGAUCUGAAUGAUGCGAGUACGCGGUAUCUGAAUAGCAUUGGGCCGGAGAAGGCGUACACGUAUAACCUCAAUCCGGAUGAUCGGACGCAUCUGAAUGUGGAGGGCAGUAUCGUGUUCGGAGGAAUGGUGGCCGAGUUGAUCGAGGGGGUUUUUGCGGGGUUGAAGAAGGCGGGGUAUGUCAGGGUAAAUCCGAGACUGAAGAGGGCGCUGGAUCAGGGGGUGUAUUAUUGGCCGGAUUCUGUUGACGAGAGCUAG